UUUUAUUGGCCUGUUCGGCACCUGCUGCGAGAACCACACCACGCUCUUCCUGUUCGUGCUGCUGGCCGGCGCCAUGGCCCUGGUCGAGUUCGGCACGGCGGCGGCGCUCUUCCGGUCAUACCAGCAGCUGACUGUCGUCACGCCCAACGUGCGACGCGUGAUGAGAGGUCACGUGCCGCCCUCCACACAGCUCACGAGCGUCUCGCCGGAGGAAAAGGAGGCCUUCGGCAGGGCCAUGGGCUGGUUGGACGAGAUGGGCAGCCUGGACGCGGCAAGGAUGGGGCCACACUAUUUCUCUUGGGGCGAUGAGAUGCGCGCUAUUUUCGACUCCGCCAAGAAGAAGACCCUGCACAUCGCGUUCGGUGAAGUGGCGGGCCUGCUCCUCUCAAGCGACAACAGUGAAUCCAGGAAGCCAGUGAACAUGACACUGGGCUAUGAUCCACUGUGCAGUGCGGGCCGAUCGGAGCUGCGACGCAGGAGUCUGACAGGUUACCUGGCCGACACGCUGCGAGGCCAGAUCAGCUCAGCCGCCAAGGACUUCAUGGACGACUGGAGUUCCCAGGACAAGUGGAGGGAGUUGGCUCCGAAACUUGAUUACAUAUGGAACCUGCAGAAUAUGUCGCUGAGUGAAAAGACUUACGAGGUGGCUAUCAAUCAGGGCUGCCUCUACACGUUCAACAUUCGCAUCCUGCGGGAACUGAAAAAGGUAGAGGAAUUCAAGUCGCUGAUCCUGACGAACGCGCUGAUCACCUUCUUCGGGUUCGUUCUGCACGUGCUGGCAUCCGCCGCCGCCCACCUCCUGGUCCGGGAGUUGCGAAAUUUCUUCGAGUCGAGAGUUGCCCUACAGAGGGAGGCCGUGGGGUACCCGGACCCGCCUCCGCCGUACCAGGCUCACGCUCCGACCGACGAGCGCCGUCCUGGCGCUCUGCUCUCCGGCGCCGGGCUGCGCUCCCAGCGGCUGAGCGCGCGGCUGCUGCUGUGGCGGGGCGUGCUGACGCGCUCCCAGCUGCGCGACCUGGGCUCUUCGCCCGGCUUGUCGUCGGCGCGGCCGCUGCGCCAGCGGCCGGAGCCGGAAGCCGCUCCAGCUUCCGGCGGCGGCCUGCUCUCCCAGGGCGCUCGCCGGCGAACGGCGCCGCUACUUCAGCCGGCGUUCUGCUGA